AUGUUGGAAAAAUCCCGAAAACAAAGUCAAACUAAAAAUGCACGUGUCAUUGCUAAUCGAUAUCGAGUUGUUCGAAAAAUUGGUAGUGGAAACUUUGGUGUUGUAUUCCUUGUCAACGAUUUGAAUACUGAAGAAUUGAAAGUGUUAAAAGAAAUUGACAUUGGCAAUUUACAGCCCGAUGAAACUAUUGAUGCCGCAAAGGAAGCUAAUUUAUUAUCUAGUUUAAAUCAUCCCCAUAUUGUACGAUUUUAUGAAAGUUUCGUUUCUGAUGGUAGCUUUUGCAUUGUAACAGAGUAUUGUGAGGGUGGAGAUCUAGACGAGAAGAUCAAAUCAAUCCGAAAAAGUAGUACAACUCUGGAUGAGACUUUAAUAGUUACUUGGUUUAUUCAGUUACUAUCUGCUGUGCAGUAUAUUCACAAAAGGAGAAUACUACACCGAGAUCUUAAGGCAAGAAAUAUAUUUCUUAGAAAUAAUGUCAUUAAAGUUGGUGACUUUGGUAUUUCCAGAGUACUGUCUGGUACUUCUGACUUCGCCACUACUUUUGCUGGCACUCCGUAUUAUAUGAGCCCAGAGGUUUUAGACCAUAACGCUUACAAUUCUAAAUCGGAUGUUUGGGCGUUAGCCUGCAUCCUUUAUGAACUUUGUUGUCUUAGACAUGCAUUUGAAGGACAGAAUUUACUAAACGUCAUGCGAGCAAUUCUUGAAGGAGAAAUACCAGAAUUACCAAGCAUUUAUCACACCGAACUUCGUCGAGUUUAUCUUGGGAUGCUACAAAGAGAUCCGAAACAGCGCUUCUCAAUCAGUGAAGUUUUACAAAAUCCAUUCAUUUGUUACCAUGCUCGGGUAUAA